ACAAGAUGGAUGCUAACUUCAAGCGAAAAACCAUCCAUCGCAGCAUAUCGCUGUUGUUGCGUGACAUCGAUCAGAUGUCGCUGAGCGAAAUUGGCACCUCGAAUCCGGCACUAAACUGCGAUGAUACCGGCACGGCAUCCGAUUCAACUGCUCGGAUUGAGCAUACCGGAUGUCAUCCGACUGACAGUCGCCAUGCGUAUGGCUCUGGCGAGAGUGGUGAGGGACCGGGUGGUGGUGGUGGAGUAGUAGGAGCAGCAGGGCAUCACGAUGCAAGUCUGGCCUGCUACUCGAUCCGGAGUGAACCGGAAGAGUAUGACGAAAAUUUGGACGCACCCGAUUCGGUGACGUACCUCUCGAUCGGUGGCAACAAUCCAGUGCUGGUGAUACGCGAAAGCGAUGCGGACAGUGUCAGUCCGGCAUCGGAGAUUCCGUACAACUUUGUGUACAAUGCACCGGUAAAGUUCGACUCGAUGCGGCGCCACAUUUUUAUUCCGGGACUGGAGAUCAUUGUGGAAAUCAUUGACUAUGAGCGUAGCCUGACAUCACACGUGCUUAAUCCUAAUUUAUACACGGUGAAGCUUACCCAUGGACCAUUUUCGUGGACAAUACAGAAGCGGUACAAUCAUUUCAGGAAUCUGCAUCAGCAGCUGACAACGUACAGGGCAUCGCUGCACAUACCCUUUCCGACGAAAAGCCACAAAGAGCGGAGGGACAGCUUUCGGAAUAUGCAUACCGUGCAUCAGGCAACGGCAUCGCCCGCCAUGCAACAGAAGCUGGGCAAACCGUUGAAAAAGAUAAAGAAAAGUGCGCUACCUCGGUUCCCGCUCAAGCCGGAUUCGCUCGUAUCGUUCGACGCCAUUCCGCAGCGGAUCAAGCAACUGGAGGAGUAUCUGUACAAUCUACUUAACAUCUCACUGUAUCGGAACUUCCACGGAACGAUCAACUUUCUGGAAGUAUCACACAUUUCGUUCAUUUCCGCACUGGGCGAAAAGGGUAAGGAAGGACCCAUCAAGAAGCGUACCGGAUCGACCCGUCCCGGUCAGUCGGGGUGCAAUUUCUGCGGAUGUCUCGCCGGCGGGUGUUGUGUACGGUGCAGCUACUUUUGCACCGAUGUGCUCUGGAGCAAGUGGCGCAAUCGGUGGUUCUUCGUGAAGGAAACAUGCUUUGGGUAUUACCGACCGAAGGACGGUGUGCUUCGCUGUGUCGUACUGUUCGAUCAGGGGUUUGACAUCUCGUCCGGCAUGUACAGUACAGGCAUGCGCAAUGGACUGCAGAUAGCAACCAACUCGCGGUAUCUCGUCAUCAAGUAUCCAACGCGUCGGAUGGCCAAAGAGUGGAUGACACACAUGAAACGGGUGGCGAAUGAAAGUGCGCGCGAUUUUACCCUUCCAAAUCCGCAUCAAUCGUUUGCACCGUCAAGGCCGGGUGUUCAAGCCGGGUGGUUUGUGGAUGGGGCAGGUUACAUGAGUGCGGUGGCCGAUGCGCUGGAAGGUGCGACGGAAGAGAUUUUCAUCACCGAUUGGAUGCUCAGUCCGGAGAUUUACAUGAAGCGACCGGCUAUUGAUGGGGAUUACUGGCGGUUGGACAAGAUUCUCAAGCGCAAGGCGGAGCAAGGUAUCAAGAUCUUUGUGCUGCUGUUUAAGGAGUUGGACUUUGCGCUCGGCAUAAACAGUUACUACAGCAAGGCGAGGUUGGUGGAGCAGCAUGAGAAUAUAAAGGUACUUCGACAUCCGGACCACGCCAGAGCUGGGAUAUUGUUCUGGGCUCAUCACGAGAAGCUCGUAGUCAUCGAUCAAACGUAUGCGUUCGUUGGCGGAAUUGAUUUGUGCUACGGCCGCUGGGAUGACUAUCAACACAGACUGACCGAUCUCGGAAGCAUUUCUUCGUCAACGAAUAGUUCCGCCAACAAUACCACUACCCGAAAACCGUCGACGGUGGUUGAAUUGGACGAGAAUGGGUCGGUAGCGAAUUUGCUUAAAUCCAGCAAAAACAUUGCUAUAGCAACGGCAGUCGAUCGUCAGACUCCGGCAGCAGUAGCUCAGCGGACCGACAGCACGCUAUCGACUACCAAAUCUGCCAAAGAUGGUACGUCCAACGGCAAACAGAAGCUAGCGCUUCACAACCCGGAAGCAUCGGCAGCGAUGGGUGAACCACCGGACAAGUUGCUACAGGCAGCAGCACAAGCACUCGGUGACCAGCAGCUACCGGUGGAGGAAAGGACGGACGAACUGCCGGAAAACAUCAAACAGAACACGCCUGAAAUGGAGCGUCGAAACAUUAUGGGUAUGAUCAAGGAUAUGGGACGUGAUCUGAAGAAUCGUAUCACACUAUCGGAACAUCCGGAGCAUCCACCCGGCACGGAUGUACUAGCCGCCGGCGGAACGAUAACGAUGGGUGGCGGUGGAGCUGGGCCAAAGAGCAACAUCGGCAGUCCGGUCUAUCUGUCGGAAGAGGAACGUCGCAAGAGGCAACAGUAUGGUGGUGAAAAGGGUAUGGUGGUGAAGGAUUUGGUCAGUCCACAACCGUUCAAAAAUGCGGCCAUCUUUGAGCUGGAUGGACAGGCGAAGCUGUGGAUUGGGAAGGAUUACAUUAAUUUUAUAGUGAAAGAUUUCACAAACCUCGAUAUGCCGUAUGUGGAUUUGGUCGAUCGAUCGUCGACGGUGCGUAUGCCUUGGCACGACGUAGCAACGGUCGUGCUGGGACAGGCUGCCCGUGAUGUUGCCCGCCACUUCAUCGAACGGUGGAACGCGGUAAAGCUGGAAAAGUGCCGCGAAAAUGCCAACUAUCCGUACCUGCUGCCAAAGAGCUACAAUGACAUCCGCGUAGACAGUAAGUUCCUGAAUGUUCCGCUACAUCACGUUACCUGUCAGGUUUUGCGCAGUGCGUCCAGCUGGAACUGUGGUUUCAUCGAGCCGGACUACGUCGAACAGAGCAUCCACGAGGCGUACGUGCAGACGAUUUCCAAGGCACAGCAUUACAUCUACAUCGAGAACCAGUUCUUCAUCAGUAUGGAGCUGGGAAACAGUGUGGUAAAGAACCAAAUAUCGGAGUAUCUGUUCAAACGGAUCGUGCGCGCCCAUCGAGAGAAGAAAGUGUUUCGGGUGUACGUCGUGAUGCCACUGUUGCCUGGGUUCGAGGGAGAUGUCGGUGGGUCUUCCGGAAUCUCGCUGCGUGCGAUUACCCACUGGAACUAUGCGUCUAUAUCGCGGGGAAAAUCAUCGCUACUCGAACGGUUACGCGCGGCCGGUAUUCAAAAACCGUGCGAUUACAUAUCCUUCCACAGUUUGCGAACAAACUCCACGCUUAACGGGAUGCCAGUAACGGAGCUGAUUUACGUACAUUCAAAGCUGCUGAUUGCUGACGACAAGGUUGUGAUCUGUGGUUCUGCCAACAUCAACGAUCGUUCGCUGCUGGGCAAGCGUGACUCGGAAGUGUGCGUUAUGAUUACGGACGAAUCUUUCGAGGAGGGUCGUAUGAAUGGAGAAUCGUACCCUUGCGGUGUCUAUGCCGGCAAGCUGCGUAAGUUUCUGUUCCGCGAGCAUCUCGGCUUGCUGGAACCGGAUCCAAAGCGGGAACCGAUCGAUGUUACCGAUCCGGUGAUACACACGUUCUGGAAUGACGUUUGGCGACGAACGUCACGCCGCAAUACGCUUAUCUACGACGAAGUCUUCCGAUGCAUUCCAUCCGACAAUGUGCAAUCGUUUGCCAUGAUGAAACGGUUUCUGGAGGACAAAAGCCUGCUACAGUCUAAUCCGGAUGGCAUCCACCAGGCUGUGGCACGCAUCGAGGGCUAUCUGGUUGAUCUGCCAUUGAAAUUUCUUUGCAACGAAAUACUUACACCACCCAAUACGAGCAAGGAAGGCAUUAUGCCAACCUACAUGUGGACAUAACGUA